AGUAAAGAGAGAGAAAAAAAAAAACUCGCAUGCAUCGGAAUGAUAAAAACGACAAUGUGCUCACUGAACCCUGGCGCGGUGUGGGCCAGUUGAAGUUGAUUUGGGACUUUGCUGGCAACAGAACACGGACGUCUGAGUGGAAGUGGAAGUGUUCGGAAACUCUUCGGCUCACACUUAACUGAUGGGAAGAGAGAGGAGGAAAAAGGGGGAAUCUUUUCGCAGAAGAAGCGCCAUGGACUGGCGGAGCGACGUUUAACUGUUCUCUUAUCCCUUUUCCUUCCCCUCCUUGUUGCUGCUGUUGUUGUUGUUGUUUAUUUUUUUUGGGCGCGAUGACGGACUAAACAAAGUAUCGGACGCAUUAGCAUGAUACUGAGCGCGAGAUGUCUAACGCGAGGCCGAGCAAGAGCGUGGAAUGGCUGCAGGAGGAGCUGGAGACCGGAGGCGCCUCUCUGCUCCUGCUGGACUGCCGCUCGCACGAGCUGUACGAAUCCUCCCACAUCGAGAGCGCCAUAAACCUGGCCAUGACGGGGCUCAUGCUGCGGAGGUUCAGGAAGGGCAACAUCCCGAUCCAGACCGUCAUCCCCAAGCACGAGGACAAGGAGAAGUUCGUGAGGCGGUGCAAGACGGACACGGUGGUCCUGUACGACGAGAGCUCCGCGGACUGGCAGGACGGCGGCUCCCCGGCCACCGUGCUGUUCCUGCUCCUUAACAAACUGCGGGAAGACGGCUGUAAAGCCUACUUUCUGGAAGGUGGUUUUGUGAAGUUCCACACCGAGUACCCAGAGCACUGCGAGACCCUCCUGGAUAGCUCCUGUCCGAGCUCCUCGCCCCCCAUGCCCGUCCUGGGCUUCGGCGGUCUCCGCAUCAGCUCGGACUGUUCAGACGGCGAGUCCGAUCGAGAGCCCAGCAGCGCGACGGAGUCGGAGGAGAGCCCCGUUCCCAGCAAUCAGCCGGACUUUCCCGUCCAAAUCCUACCGUACCUCUACUUGGGCUGCGCCAAAGACUCCAGCAACCUGGACGUGCUGGGCCAGUACAACAUCACGUACAUCCUGAACGUCACGCCUAAUCUGCCCAACGUGUUUGAGCACAAGAGCCACUUCAGAUACAAGAAGAUCCCUAUUUCGGACCACUGGAGUCAGAACCUGUCCCAGUUCUUUCCAGAAGCCAUAUCAUUUAUUGAUGAGGCCCGAUCGAAGCGCUGUGGCAUCCUGGUCCACUGCCUGGCCGGCAUCAGCCGCUCCGUCACGGUCACUGUGGCCUACCUGAUGCAGCGGCUCAACCUCUCUCUGAACGACGCGUACGACUUUGUGAAGAGGAAGAAGUCCAACAUCUCACCCAACUUCAACUUCAUGGGUCAGCUGUUGGACUUUGAGAGGACGCUGGGGCGGCACACGCCCUGCGACAACCGCUCUGCCGGCGAGGAGCAGCUUUUCUUCACCACGCCAACCAAUCACAACGUCUUUCAGCUGGAGUCGGCAUGAGGAGAGCUGACAGUUUUUCUCUGUUGUUGUUGUUCUUGUUGUUUCCUGUGGUGGCUUUCUGAACUCGUCAGACGCCUGACUUGCUGACGCAGGCAGUAAGUCCGUGGCGGGGUUCAACUUCACAACGAGCUGCAUUGAUCUAUAUGUGCAGAGAAACAAAAGCUCCUGUCUCAAUGCCUUAUUAUCUAACAGUAGAGCCGAUCUAACUUUCCACCACACACGGUAUUACUGAAUGGCCAUGUACAGUCAUAACGGAUGGACUUUUCAUGAUAUUUCUUUUUAAGUCUGACUGUUAAUGGACCGUUGUUGCUUUUACGUUUCUGGUUCAGUAAUGAAUAGGCAUGGGCUGGUAUGCUACGGGAUAACUUGGGGUAAAAGUGCCACGGUUCUAUGGGGGAAAGUUUAACCAAGACGUAUAUUAACACAGGAAAGCGAAAAGUAUUACUACUGCAGCUAAAAUUAUAUUACAUAUUUAAAAAAGAUUUCAUAAUUUCUAAUAUGGAAUAUCUAAAAUUAUAAAUAAUGUUGCCAAAUAGUUAAUAUGAAGUUAAAUUUUAAUAUGAUGCAGUUUCAGUAUGAAACAUAUUACACAAUAUCUACCAAUGUGUGUUUAAUUGUCUGUAUGUUCCACAAAUACUGAAAAACGAGCUGCUCAGGUUGGGUUCUGAUUCAGCUGCGCAGUAAAGGGCCUCUGGACCAAUUAGCUCUAAUUAACAUCUAAGACACUUAAGUGAGCGGUGUUGUGUUUCACUUAAUACCGGUUCUGUAGAGAGCAUCGUCUGAUCUUUGAUGGCUCUAUUCUGCUCCUAAAAUGGUAAACACCUCAGCAGAAUCAACAACUAGUUGAACAGGACAGUUCCACUUUAACAAUUACAAGUCCUGUUUAAAACCCUGAUCCAAUGGCGUCAAAAGGCCCAAAAAGGUAGAAAACAGACGUUUUUUUAGUGUUUUUAAUGAAAAACGGUGGGGUUUCUAACAGUAACACAAAAAACAAACUGAAUGUGACAAAAACCAAGAUGAACACAAGCUUUUAAUGAUAAAUACAUAUAAAAAGCCUUUUAUGUAUUUUAGACAUUUAGGAAGAACACAUUUUCGCGAUAGAAAGAAGGCUGAACUGCAAACUUUUUUCAAGCUCAAUUUAAGGCUAUGUAGGAACGCCGUUACAAGUACUUCUGUGAAAUAUCUGUUUGCUCUAACACUGCGAUUACAGCAAGCUAAAGCUAGACUGGUAGUUUGCGGAUCCCUCCUUUAGUGCCGUUGGUUGGAUGGGUUUUUGGAAACCAGAUAUCUUUUUAAACAGACAAAUUUCCCCUAUUUUUAUUUUUUGUAAGCGAAGGAAGAGUUGGGAACCCUCUCCUAACCAGUCAACCCCACCGUGUGCAGCAACGUGGGGGGGGGAGCACUGCUUUCCACUUCAACCAGCCGGAACCGGCUUUUAAUCAACUGUACGAAGGCAGAAUUUAAACGGUGUUGAAAGUGUAAAUGUUUAAAACCGUGGUAUGUUUUUUUUUAUACCGGCCCAUGCCUAGUAAUAAAUUAUGCCUUCUAGGUUGAAGCACAUCUCUGUUCAAUCCGAUUGUUUUCAGGGGUCCGAUACAGGAAGUGUUUUUUUUUUUUUUUAGCUAAGGGAAACAAGCUGCCAUAUUGAGGCAGCACUAUUCUACACUUUUCCUACGGAUAGCAUCUUACAAACAAUAUUUUAAAUUCAAAGUUAACUUGGUAAUACUGUAUUCAUAUAUAUAUAUAUAUAUUUGAACUGUUUAAAUAUACUACUCUGCAGAAGCCAUUUAAUAGACUUUUUUUUUUACACUAGAUCAUCUGCCAUCUGGUUUUUGUAAUCGUUAUAUCAUUGCCCAUUUGUGCUGAGGCCUUGGCCAUUCUUUAAUAUAAAACUGAACUGUUAUUUACCACGUUUAAGGUGUAAUGUUAAAGACCGGCUUUUCCCAAACCCCAAAGGAGCAGCUAUGUAAAGUAAUAAGGGUACAAAUAACUGGAAACCCACCAUGUUUUUGGGUGUUCCUCGGGCACUUUUCAGCCUGCAGCUACUUCUUCUUCCAGGAGUCCCCGUGUGUAAAUAGAUUUUCUCUCUCCUCGCCGGUCCCGUAUUUGAACAGGUGAAUGAAUUCGACGCGUGCGCGGAAGCGUGAGGCGGGCGAGCUUGACUGGAGCGUUCUUACCUCAACAAAGAGACAUUUUUUUCAGGGAUUUUUAUACACGUCGGUUGUGCGUCAUCUUGGCCUCCUCAAACGCACCCAAGGGCUGUUUUGUUUCGUAUGUUUUGUAACGAUGUACAUACGCCGCGGCGGUUACGGGGGACAUUUUCUGUAAAUCACGAAGGACGUGGGAGUGACCCCGUAGGAACCCCUCAUGUAUAGCGUAUAUUAAGCUAAAAGGCAUUCUGUACAAGUUUUUACAACAAAUAUAUUGUAUAUUUUUACUUGAAAA